AUGGACCGUGGGAAAGAAUAUGUUGACCAGUUGGUGUGGCGGCUCAUGAAAGUCUCGGCACCGAAGGUCAUGGUCCUCCUUGUCCUCACGACCAUAUGGUCUAUGGAUAGCUUGCCAGAAGAGCUGAACCUUCAGGCAUUGGAGAGGCUACAGUGGUGCGAAUUCUUUGCUGGCCAAGCAGAGGCAACAAAGGCCUUCAAGGCUGGACACGACAUGUCCAGGCUCAAGCGAAGGGCUUGGAGCACAUCCGAGCUGGCCGUGGGACUUGGCCACAUCCUCACAGACGGUCGGCUUGAAGAGGUCGAUGAUGUUGCCCCAUUCCAGGAGCUGGAGGGGAUCCUAGCUGAUUUGGAGGCCAAGCAAUCUACGGACGCGGCUAUGCAAGAGUUGAUGGCAGAGCCUGCACAAGCAGCUCCACCGGGGGAACACUGA